UGUCAUCCUCUCUCCGAUUGAAGAUCCUCUCUCUCCUACCAUUCUCUCCUCUCCUGUACUCCGGUUGCAGGGAAAAGACCAAACUACCAUUCCCUUCUCUUUCUAUCUCCUCCACAGUCCGCACACGGAGAGAGAGAGAGCGCUUUCAGGCUUUUUAGACACACGAAACGCUUGAACCGAUAAAAAACCGAAAUAGGUGCCUAGAAAUACGAGCGAGUCAUUUUGGUUGCAGAAAUAAACUUCUAUAUUCGUUUAAACCACAUGUUACUGCUUCUAAAUUUGUCGCUCUUUCACUUUUACGACUUCUCUAUCUGCAGCUUGUUGCAUUAAUGUUUUCCUCCAUCUGAUUUUCCAUUGAUUGAUGGUUUUGGAGCUCUGAUUAUGUAAAGGGUUUUGUUUGUUGUAAUUUUAAGAAGUUUGGUUGGUUCGUUGGUUCAUUGAUUGGUUGAUUUUUCGGAUUGCGAGAGAAUUUUUUUUCUUAGUUUGAGAUUGAUCUAUCUUUCGUGGCCUCGAUAUGACUGCCGGCGGUGGUAAUCAGUUGAUCUCCGUUCAUCCUGAUGAGCUCAAGUUCAUUUUUGAGCUGGAGAAGCAAACCUUUUGUGAUCUUAAAGUUGUGAACAAUACAGAGCACCAUGUUGCUUUUAAGGUUAAAACCACUUCACCCAAGAAGUACUUUGUGAGGCCCAAUACUGGAGUUGUACAGCCGUGGGACUCGUGUGUCAUAAGAGUUACUCUUCAAGCCCAGCAUGAAUAUCCUCCGGACAUGCAAUGCAAAGAUAAGUUUCUAUUGCAAAGUACAACAGUACCUCCACAUACUGAUGUUGAUGAACUACCAGCAGAGACUUUUAAUAAGGACAAUAGUGGAAAGAUAAUAGAGGAGUGUAAGCUUAGAGUUGUAUAUGCUGCUCCAUCAGCACAGGAAAACUCAGAAGAUGAGGCAUUGAAGAGCUCCUCAAAGAAUCCUGAUACUAACCCCGCUUUACAGCGACUGAAGGAUGAAAGAGAUGCAGCUAUCCGAAGUACACAGCAACUGCAACAAGAACUGGAGAUGCUGAAGAGACGGAGAUUUCGGAAAAAUGAUCCAGGAUUCUCACUCACUUUUGCAUUUGUUGUGGGACUUAUUGGAAUUAUGGUUGGCUUCCUGUUGAACCUCACAAUGUCUUCACCAUCCACAGAAUGACUAGACACCACAGGAUCUCAGGAGAUAAAAAAUUUUCUUGUCUAUUUUACUGUACAAGUUGUGUUUGCAUGAAAAGGGCGUCUACUAUUUCAUUCCUUUUGUACAUUGAUUGUUGCAACUGUCGGUUUGCCAAAUAUAUUUUCAUUUCAUUUAUAUGUUACUGUUCGUGUCAUAUAUUCUCAUUCCAUUGAUUAUGUUACUGUUAAUUUGAAUUGGUAAGUGGCAAUUUUUUAUUGCAA